CGAGAGUCUCCAGACCGAGAGAGGAAGCUUUUAGGAUCAGGCUGCAGGGGAGAACACCAUGGUUCUGACUGUCUAUCUGAGCGCAGUUGUUCCCCGACUGAUUUUUGUGCUGCACACCGUGUUAGCGGUUUGGAGAGUGACUUUAGUGAAGAAUGAUCCCAUAUACUGGCUGCUGCUGCUUUUGAUCUUGUUGACACUCGUCGAGAUGACCGUCACUCUAACCAUCCAGAAAGGGAAAGAUUACAGCGGAUUUUCUCCAGCACUGUUUUUUUAUCUGAUCAAUAUAAUACCUCCAGUGUGGAUGCUUGAACUGUAUCAGCUUGAUAAACGGAUACACAGUGAAGAAUGUAGGUCAAUGAACUCCUCUAUGAAGUGCACGCAUUUUGUCCAAUCAACUGAAGCACCAACUAUAAGGCUCAGGAAUUCCAGUAACACUAUCAAUGUGGUCAUUGACUUUUUGAAUAGCACACUUGACUGGACACUUGGCUUUCACCAGACGCUUAUGAUUCUGCUCAUUGUAGGGAAAUGGAUACUUCCGAUGGGAGCGGGUGUCAGACGAGACCAGUUGUCCCAGCUCCUCCUGACGUUUGUAGGAAUUGCGGCUGAUAUCUUAGAAUUUAAGAGUGAAACCCUGUCAGAGAAAGGGGUCAGAUGCCAUCCUGAAUUGGUAUAUGCAAUUCUGGCACUUUGGACAUGGAGUAUGUUGCAGUUCCCUUUGGACCUGACAGUGCUUCAGAAAACAGAGGAAUCACACCCACAUGAGGACAAGCCAACAAAGAAUGUGCACAAACACAGUGCAGACCUCUGGAAUAUUACCAUAAGUAUAUUUAUACAAGACGGACCCUUCUUCAUCUUCCGAUUAUUCUUGAUGUUCCAUAAAGAGAUUGUUCAUCAGAUGCUGUUGUUCUUCACAAUCAAGAAUGCUCUUGUGCUGACCUUACAGAUUUAUCGGUUGGCCCUGAUAUAUUUGGAAAUGCGGCAGUCAAAUGGGAGGCAACAACUGACACCCCCUGAGGACAAUGUUCCCACGUGCAACACCGAGAUGGGCGACAUCGCUGAGUAGCUGUCCCUCUUCUUGCAGAAGAGGAUUGAAAAGGGGUGACAUUCGAUUCACUCUUCAAUACUGUCCUGGGAGUACCAGUGGAGAUUUUGUGCUCAGAUCUUUACAGUCAGCCUUGAACUCAGACUCUCCUGACUUCAGUUGGAAAUUAUGAUGUGUAUGGAUUAUUAUAUACAAUAUACCCGAUUUCUUUUAUCACAGAGUUAUACAGCACGGAAACAGACCCUUCAGUCCAUGCCGACCAUAAUCCCAAACCGAACUAGUGCCACCUACCUGCUCCUGGCCCAUAUGCCUCCAAACCUUUCCUAAUCAUGUACGUAUCCAAAUGUCUUUUAAAUGUUGUAAUUAUACCCGCAUUGACCACUUCCUCAGCAAACCACCCUCCUCUGUGUAAAGAAAUUGCCCUCAUGCUUUUUUUUAAAUCUGCCUCCUCUCACCUUAAAAAUGUGCCCCUUAGUCAUGAAAUUCCCCAUCCCAGGGAAAAGAUAGCUAGCAUUAACUCUAUCCUUAUGCCUCAUUAUUCUAUAAGCUUCUAUAAGGUAGGCUCUCAAUAUCUUACGCUCCAGUGAGAAAAAUCCCAGCCUAUCCAGCCUUUCUUUAUAAAACCUUCCAUACCCAGCAACAUCCUGGUAAACCUCUCCUGACCUCUGUCCAGCUCAAUGAUAUCCUACCUAUAAAUGAGCGACCAGAACUGGACACAGUACUGUAGAAGAGGCUUCACCAAUGUCUUGUACAACGUCAACAUGAUUUCCCAACUCCUAUACUCAAAGGACUGAGCAGUGAAGCCAAGCGUGCUAAACACCUUUUUAACCACCCUGUCUAUAUGCGAUGCAAACUUCAACGAAAUUUGAACCCCAAGAUCCCUCUGUUCCACACUACCCAACACCCUACCAAAUUUAUCAUGAGAAAAUGUGCUCUGGAACACCCCAUUCUCAAGAUUUUGAAUUAGAAUCAUUAUUUCUUUAUCGGGGUUCACAGAUUGUACAUGCGCGGUGAUCAGACAGGAAGCUCAGAAAAGAAAGACAAACUUGUGUAGCUGCUGAGCAAAAUAAGUGUUACAUUCUGUACUUGCUCACGCUGUGCUACACCAAAGCAAUGAUUAGAUGGAAACAAUUCUAUCAUUGAAUAAUAGCAUGUGCUGUAUAUUUUGUCAAUGUUGUGAAACACAUAGUAUAUCUUCUGAGCCAAGACAGCAUGCAUUCUGAGGAGAACAAACAAAACUUUGAAGUGAUGCUUCAGUUUAUUUUUUGACAACAAAAGGAUACUAAAGAAACAGCAGUGGAGUAAAAAGUCCCAAUUGAGUCCCUUUCUCCCACGAUUGAGCUGCUGGUCUCAGGAACAAAAUUUGAGGGACAAUGACUCUUAUUGGGAUUAAUUGGCUUUAUGGGAAUCCUGUGGUGUUAGAAUUACCUGAACAGUGGGGAGGGAAAUUCAUCCGGUCUGUUGACCCUGUCUUAUGCCAUGAAUUCUGCAAAAUCUAGACUUGAUAUUUCCUACUCCUCUGACUCUUUUGAUCAUAUAACCUGCCAUCACCACCAAUACCCACCCUCACACCAACAUCUUGUAAUCUCCUGGGAAAAUAAAAGAUACAAAACAGGACCACGGUUAAUAGGUGAAAAAUGUACUCUGGAAAAUUCCUCACUGAUACUCACAGAGGAAUAAAGCCAGUCCAGGAGAUGACACUGUUCAAUCAGAAGGUGAGAAUUAAAAUUAUAUUCAGUUAACAGGUCAUCAGUAUUUUUGCUUUAUCACACUUAGCAUAUUGAACAGGAACAUGCUCAAAGGUAAACAUGUUUGUUCAGUUCCUCUUGUGGUAUUUUUCACAUGCAAGCUAACAAAACUAAACAUUCCUUAUGGAAUAUGAGUAUCACUGGCAAGGCUGGUAUUUAGUCACCCACACCUAGUUGCCCUAAAAGUGGUGGCAAGGUUUCCAUUGAGCCACCAUGGUUCACGAUUGCAGUGGUUAGAAGCAACGGAGUGACCAGCAGCCAGAGUAGGUAAGGAUAGAGGGUUCCCUUCUGUAAAAACAGGGGUUCACAAAGCUUCUUAAAGCAGACCAUUCACUUAAGUUUACAACAGGUGGAAUGUAGAAGGAAGGCCAAGGGCUGACUGGAAUGAUUAAAUCUGGAAGUCACAAAAUGUUACAUUUCCAGAUAAAAGAAAUGUCUUUCCUGAUAGUUAGAUAUUAUGGGAGCAUAUAAUGACUACAGUUAGCUUUAUUUUCUGAUACCAACAGCAGUGAAUAUUGAGACAGACAAUUGCACAGAAAGUGUAAAUUUCCAAUGAGGAGGGUGGAACUGCCCAGCUAUCUCUAAGAAUGUCUCAGGCACUGACCUCUCCGUCAGAGACUUGGGCCCGUUGUCUGACCAUUGUCCGAUACUUAGCUGAACACUUAAGCUUGUACAAUCCCAUUGUAAAUUUUUGUCAUAGUUCACUACAAGCCUUUAAAAGCUGAGUAGAACACAGUGUUGUGACAGAGGUGAUCACUCAGCUGUUUCUCCUUGCUACGGCUGUCUGUAGGUGGCAAUAUUGAGAGUUUUCUGGCAUAGGAAUACCCAGCUAAGAGGCCAGAUGUUUAUUUGAAAGUAUUAGCUUUUGGAGCGCUGCAUCUUCAUCAGGUAGCU